AUGGAAACUUGGAUAUUUCAUCUUGAUUAUCCAUUGCCCAUUAUUGAGAAUGAACAAGACACUCAAAGUGAUGAUGAUUUUGAACUCUCUUUAGAAGUGAUUUUAACAGUAUCCAGUAAGAUCACAGCACAACAAGGCAAUGAAGUUUAG